UUAUAUAAAACGUGUAUAUUCUUGUAUAGGCCUAUCACCCACUAAUUAGGGUUGUCUCUGUAGCCUACAGUCUUCCCCCUCCCCUGCCACGUCGAGACAUUCCAGAGAGAGAGAGGUUCACACACAGAAACACCCCCUGAAAAACUCAGACACUGUUCCACCGCCACUCCAUAGCCAAGCCUUGUGUAAUAGCCCUAUAGACUGUACAUGUGUGAAUGAAUGUAAACGAGGCCUAUUCUACAGUAGUAGUUUGUGUUUGUUGGUCUUGCGUUGGGGAUGUAGUUUAUUUGGUCUCUAGCUGUGACUAUAGGCCCUCCGUUUGGCGUUUCCACGUCUACAUAUCUGCUGUGCGCUACUGCGCCUGCGUCAUACGUGGUACCCAAAUCCUCCCAUUCAAUUCAAUCCCGGACAGGGAUCAAGGGAAGAAGACAAGAACUGGAAGCAGAAGACCAGAGGAAUCGGAACAAUCGGGGGAAAAGAGAAAGAGAAAGAGAGCGAUAUCAACCGUUACAAGUCACGGUUAUCCACCCUACUUUUUGUCGGUAAAGGAGAGGCGUGUAAAGAUGAACCAGUGCGUGCACGGGAUGAUAUAUUUGGCGGUUCUGGUGGCGUUUGCCGCCUGUGACGCCCCUCCGGUACCGUUAGAUGACAUCGUGAUUGAGAAAACGUUCGUGCCGGAGCAGUGCGUGCGCGCUGUGAAAGUAGGGGAUUAUGUUCGUUACCAUUAUAACGGCAUGUUCCCCGAUGGAAAGAAAUUUGACUCCAGCUAUGACCGCAGUAGCACCUACAAUGUGUAUGUGGGUAAGAAGCAGCUGAUUGAAGGGAUGGACAGAGCUCUGGUAGGGAUGUGUGUCAACGAGAGACGACUGGUCAAGAUUCCCCCACAACUGGCCUACGGGAAGGAAGGAUACGGUGACGUAAUCCCUUCAGACGCGAUCCUCCAUUUUGAUGUUCUGUUGUUGGACGUGUGGAACCCUGAUGAUGUGGUUCAGAUGAAGACGUACUACACCCCUGAGAACUGCUCUAGGAAGGUAGAGGUGUCGGACUACGUACGUUACCAUUACAACGGAACACUGCUGGACGGAACACUGUUCGACUCCAGCCACACCCGUAUGCGUACCUAUGACACCUAUGUGGGGAUUGGCUGGCUGAUCGCUGGCAUGGAUCAGGGGCUUCUGGGCAUGUGUGUCGGGGAGAAACGCAUCAUCACCAUGCCCCCGUCGCUAGGAUACGGGUCAAACGGUGAUGGUAGUGAUAUCCCACAGCAGGCCUCCCUGGUUUUUGAUGUAGUCCUCCUAGACCUCCAUAACCCUAAAGACGGCGUCAGUAUCAUCAACCAGGACAUACCUCAACCCUGCCACAGGAAGAGUGUUGCUGGGGACUUCAUCAGAUACCACUAUAAUGGAUCACUACUGGACGGGACCUUCUUCGACUCCAGCUACUCCCGUAACCGUACAUAUGACACCUACGUGGGUAAGGGCUAUGUGAUUGGUGGGAUGGACGAGGGUCUGAUCGGAGUCUGCAUCGGAGAGAAAAGACGCAUCAUUAUCCCACCUCACCUCGGAUACGGAGAGGAGGGCACAGGUACUAAGAUCCCAGGUUCUGCUGUCUUGGUGUUUGAUAUCCAUAUCAUAGACUUCCACAACCCAUCAGACACAGUGGUGAUCACUACCAACUAUAAACCAGUGGUGUGUGAGACGCUGGCUAAGAAAGGAGACUUUGUUAAAUACCACUAUAACGCUUCGCUCAUGGAUGGAUCCUUCAUCGACUCCACGUAUAACUAUGGGAAGACGUAUAACAUUGUGCUGGGAGCCAACCAGGUGGUUCCAGGGAUGGAGGAGGGGCUGAAGGAGAUGUGUGUUGGAGAGAGAAGACACCUGGUCAUACCUCCUCAUCUGGGCUAUGGAGAGAGGGGAGUGGAUGGUGAAGUGCCGGCCAGUGCUGUCCUGAUCUUCGACAUCGAGAUGAUUGAGAUGGAGGCGGGACUUCCUGAUGGCUACAUGUUCAUCUGGAACGAGGACGUAUCAGCUGACCUCUUCACUGAGAUGGACGCAGAUAAGGACUUACAGGUGUUGGCUUCAGAGUUCUCAGACUACAUUCUGCGUCAGGUGAACGAGGGUAAAGGACGUCUGGCCCCUGGGUUCGACGCAUAUCGCAUCAUUGAGAACAUGUUUUCUAACCAGGACCGUAAUGGAGACGGAAAGAUCACAGAGGACGAGUUCAAACUGAAGGCCGACGAGACCACACACGAUGAGCUAUAAGAUAGGGGUGCAGUGUGUGUGUGUGUGUGUGUGUAUGGGGGCUUAUAUGAAUGCAAUAUAAGACAAGGAGGGUGUGUUUGUGUGUGUGUGAGAGGGAUUAUAUUGUUGGAGGGUGGCGGGGUGAGAUGGCAAAGGGUCAGAUGUAUAGAAUUAGAGUUGGUCAGAUGUCUAGAGAAAACCAAAGAGAGAGGCAGGGUGUAUUCCGAGUAAUGGGCUGAGUAUCAAAUGGUGCUUUAGUUAGCUUUGACCUGUCCAGUCUUGUGACCAGAGCAGUCUGGUGUUGGCAUGGGGAGGGAAUGAGAGAGGAGUAGGAAAGCAGGAGGAAUACAUUUUGAGGAGAUGAGCAAUGUAAGAGCAUUAGGACAAAGGCCCACGUUUUUGUUAGUAGAGCAGUUUCCCAAAUCCAGCCCUUAAGUACCCCCAACAGCACACAUUUUCUUUGAAGCCUUGGACAAACUCGUCUGAUACAAUGUGUCAACUAAUCAUCAAGCCCUGGAUGAGUUUAAUAUGGUGAGUUUAUCUGGUGCUACAACAAAACGUGUGCUGUUGAGGGUAACGUUACUGGAGGACUGGAGUUGGGAAACAUUGUAUUAGAGGAGCUUGACGUGUUUCUAUUGUUGAUGAUGAUGAUGUACCUUUGUUCACCUGCUCUGGCAUCACUGAUGUGUUUAUUUUAUUAUUGAGUUACUGUUCAGAUGGUGUUUGUAAUUUUUUUUUUUGGUGUUGCCUUUUUUAUACGUUUCUCAUCUGUGAGAGAAUAAGUGCCUGACAAUUAUUUAGUGACAAACUCUCCACUUUCUGAAGAUGAUCUGUGGAUCUUCUAUCCCUCAUGUUUAAUAGUUAGUCAUGGUCUGUGGGUCAAACUGUUUCAAUUUCAAAUCUUCUGUCCCACCAACAUCACAAACUGCCAUAACUCUUUACCAACAUAUCUUAUAGAGCACAAUUACAGUACUAUAAAAUUGUUAUUUAUUGUAUUAACACCAUGGAUGCAGUUAGGUGAUUGCAGAAUUUAUUCUACAGUACCAUCCAGCUAACGUGUGUGUUUUAGUAAAGGUUUGCCGAUGAGUCAGGUGCUAAAACUUUGUUUCUAUUCCUUGUUGUCAUGUGUACAAACGCUUCCUGUAUUCUCUGCUGUCUAAGCUAAUCAAGUACAGUACUACACAUCUAGUCAUUCAGCUGCCCACUCACAACACUGUCUCCUAUGCAACAUUUACCUAAAUGUUAGUGCCACUAUCAGGUAGUUCAUUGUUUUAGUUUCCCCCCCCCCCCCAAUAGAUUGUGUUAUAAUUACGCUAUGCUCUGCACACACACAUCACACCUGCUUUGGCAAAGUGUGUGAGGUGUGUACGUAACAGUUGAGUUUGUUUUAUAUCUGAUGCCUCUGUUUGGUGAGAGUAAUGAGUGAUAAUGAUGCUGUAAAUGUUUCGUUUCUAAGGUGCAUUUAAAUAAAUGCACAUUCCAACCCCUUUACAA